CUUCCUCCGUACUUCGUACUUAUCCUAUUACUUACUUACUCCUACUGACACACUCCCAAUCCUAUGCCCUGACCUUGAAUUCGCCUUUGUCACUCAACUUGAUUCUUUCUCCCUACCCUCAUUUUCCAUUUCUCGACAACUCUCUACCCAUUGGUUCCAUCUAGAUUUCAAUCUUUCAUUCACCGCAUCUUUCGCGGCUCUCUCGUCUGUCCACUCUUUGAGCGCUCCUUCCGUUCACUGUCCAGAUCAUCAAUGCCUACCGCGACCAACCUCAGACGUCACCAAUUGUCUCCAUGGUCAACAAGUCUGGUCUUAUAGCCAACAACGACAACAAUUACCUUUUCAGUCAUCCCUAAGUGGAAUCAAAUCACCCUUUCAUUCUCUGCGUAUGUGUGUGAUAGCACCUUCGCCCGUCGACCUUCCUGUUGCCUUCCAAAACAUCUGCACUCACUUCCUUCCUCUACCACCGAUCCUCCAAGUAAUGGCUAUGCGCGCUGGAUGAAUGGGCUAUAUUUUACCACACUUGCCUGAAGACACAGCAGAUAUCCUCAUAUCUCGGACGAUUGGAUCUACCAUCAUGUCAGGUUCAUCACUGGAUGACGUCCCGUCGCUGGGCCCGCCCAAUUCCGAUCGAGCCAAUAUCUCAAGAGAACACUCCCCUGUUCGAGCCUCGCGCAGUACCUCUAGCAUACCUCAAUUGUCGCGCUCUCGAAAAGCCAGUCAGGAAUUCAGUCCCACUAGGAAUCUAAACUUGGCUGGCUCAUUGUCAACCGUUCCUUCUGCUGCUGCCGUGCAGCGGGCCUUGUCUGCCCAAAGACCAAUAUUACAACCCAAUAAUGUUGAUGCUGGGCCUGAAAGCAGCAGAUCAACAGAAAGACCCCCGAGAUCAGGACAAACGUCUCCAGCAUGGCCUACUUCGCCCCGGUUGAAAAGUCCCCCUCCUUCUAGGGCAACAUCUAGGUUGCCUUCAGCAAAGAAGCCCGAGUCAGAACAAACACAACCAAAUACCUCAAUGAAACGGCUUGCAACCACGUCCAAUCCUGAACAAGCCACUGCCAUCCUUGCUACUGAUACUCAGGAAUCUCAAUCAACAAAUUCCAAUUUACGCGCGUCUGGAAGAGGUCCCAGUACGGGUGGGAGUGCUUUGGAGACCGUGGCUGAAAGCAGUGUCCCUAGCACACCAUCGAUCGGCCCGAUGCUUAACUCGAUUCUCGACCAAAAGAUUGACGUCCCUUCUCUUGAUCAGAAUUCUGAAGCUCCGGCGGAGGUGCCGACCAGAGAUGCAGAAGGAAGUGGUUCGGAGAAUGUAUCGGGGUCAAAAGCAGCUCCGCAAAAGGCAGAAAACGAGAAGCGGCCCCGAGCUCCAAGCACAUCACGAACUUCAGAAUUGGCCAAACGGUCCCUCACCAGCCUUUCGACAGCCAAAAAGCCGGCGUCUACGGAUCCACCAAGGACCAUGACGGUAGAGACCGAGACUGUUACCUCAAUGCCACAGCUCCUCAAUCCUGAUCGUGGGGUGUCUGGUCGAGACGGCAAUGGCAGCGUCAGGACAAAAGCAAGCACCGAAACGAUUCGACCGAGGAAAGAGAAGAAAAAGUCGUCUCGCAAGGCUCCCUCUUUACAUGCAGGCACAGUGACUUCCAAGGCUGAUCUGUUUGAAGCCAAAGUUGCCAGUGCGGUCGACGAAGCUGAUUCGUCGGAUUCAGACGAAACGUUCGUCUACGAAUCUAAUCCAGUCGAUCGUCCAAGCCGGCAUCAUUCCCGAACUCCAAGCGCAACCUCUCUUGCAAGUCAAGAUCAUGGGCCUCGAAGCAAACAUGGCCUCCGAAGCGGUAGCCAGGCUAUUGCAGGCAAGAAGAGUAUGAAAUUUUCCAACAGUGCCUACAGUAACCAUGGGGACAGCGAGCACGGCAGCGAAGGCCGAGGGAGUCAGCGUAAUGCUGCUACGACCCCAAGACACCAUCAUAUUAGUCGGCAUGGCCGACCUCAUCACACUUCGAUUCUAGACACUGAUUCCCCGUUCACGCUAGCAAGCAAGCAGCACUCACCCCGAUCCUCGGUCAACAACAUCUCGCGGUUCUCGAGACCUAACAGCCCUCGGCUGCUUAAUGGACGCAUGCCAGCAAGCCCGCGGAAAGGGGAGUCAUUUGACCCGUACGAAGAUGCAGCUGAUGACGAGAGGACACCGUUGAUGGGAUCGGUCCGCGUGAAUCGUUCUCGGCACAGUCGCCGACCACACAGUGCUACAUUCCGUCCAAUCGAGUACAGUGACGGGUAUGAGCGGACUUAUUGUGGUCGCUACGGUAGCUGUGCGUUUUUGGGUUUCGUUGUUCUGAUGGUGUGUGUGGGAAUUACGACGUUUGUCAUGGCGCUCAACAGACCACUUAUGGACGUGUCGGUCAAGCACAUUCAGAAUGUUUUGGCGUCGGAGCAAGAGAUCAUGCUGGAUUUGGAGGUCGAGGCUGUCAACACGAACCUCUUCGCCAUUACCAUUAGCGAUUUGGACGUCAACUUGUUUGCGGAGAGUCCAUACGUCGGCAGCAACCGUGAAUGGGACACCGCAAAGCCCAAUCUUCGAUGGGGCACGCGGAGCACCGACUCAAGCUAUUCAUGGCCACCAUGGCAUUCUGAUGAUGGGGUUGACGAAGGCACAGAUCCUAUUGACGACCCCGAGCCAGGCACCCAAAAGAUGCUUCUCGGCAGAGUGCUCGAAUUCGAUUCUCCACUUUCAUUUGACGCUUCCCCCGUGCGGCGCAUGCACGCGUCGUCAGUUGGUGAGAUUCGCCUGGCCAAACCUGGUAAUCAGACAGAAGAGGGUGGCUCAGCACGUUGGGAAAGAGUGUUGCAACAUCCAUUUGACCUCAUUGUGCGGGGGGUGGUCAAAUAUCAGCUGCCCCUGAGCUCUAAAGUUCGCUCGGCCAAGAUUGGGAGUCGCAUCAAGGUGCUCCCUAGUGAUGACACCGGGGAUGGCGAUGGAUCACCUGGAAUGGUGCGAAAGGGGCUGGAACCCCAGAACUAGUUGGCAUGAUGCCUGGAACGAAUUUCAUUGUGUUGUUUUAAUGAUUGCCGACCCUAGAUUUCUAGAAUCGGCAACAAUGAUGGACGGGAUACCCAAAGGGAAAAAAAGCAAAAGUCCAAAGGAAGAUCAUAUCCGAUCAUACAUAGCGAGCGAGGAAAUGGGAGAUUGAGAGUCUGCGAGGCACAGCAUUUGCAUAUGUGCAGGAUGAUUGUCGACUAGUGACACAUCAGAUACCUCGAGGUGGUCACACAACACCCGUGCUCUGAGGCGGGCGAGGCUAUGAAGAUGACCAGCACUCUGAUCUAGAAGAGGCUCGAUACAUGCACAUCUGCUGUACUCUCUCAUGAAAAUGAAUUAACAAUCAUGCAUGGCUUUUUUGGAAGGGUGUUGAGUUGAUCAGCCUUUCGAAUUUGAAUUUGCAAGGUUGGCAGGGCGACCUCGAUUAUUCUUACCUAGAAUUAACGGUAGUGCCUAAAAGUAAUGCCUAAACCGUG